GUUUGUUAGCACCUGCACAGCCAGUUUAGGGUGAAUGCCACUAGAGAUGAUGUCAGCACCCAGGUUGGAAGCUCCAUGGGACCGCCUAGAGUUCCAGGAGCAGAGCAACGUCGAGGCCUAUUGUGCUGAGUUGGAUCGGAUGCUGUCUAUGUGCCAUGAUGGCCAUGCCUUUGUGGAGCACGUGGCAGCACUGGAUCAGCGGUUUCAGGAGGCCUGGUUCUCCACCAAGUUUGGCGACCGCCACGCGGACCCCAUGCAGGCCUUCCGACAGGUCCCCACAGGGGGGGUGGUGCACGGCCCUCGAACCAACGCCAGUGCCCUUGGAGCGCAGGGGUCGGAGAUCCUCCAGCGCCAUGCCUCGCUGCUGGAGAAUCGGUACCCGAGGCCAAGCGUCACUCCGCGCUUUGAAGCCGCCGCGGGUGCAGGUGCCUUUUCCCGGCCCACUGCGGCUGGGCCGUCGCGGUGCCGAGAAUCUGCUGGCGGAGAAGUGCAACAAACAGUUCACAGUUCUUGCUGCAGGCUACACCUGCCGAGCAGCUUCGCCUCGCAUGCGACAGGAGCCAAGUCCGCCGAGCCCCCGCUGCGGCUACUGCGGCAGCCAGGUGCCGGCGGCGGCGUCCUUUUGCAGCCACUGCGGCUGCCAACAAGAGGCAGAGCGUCCGUGGCCGAGGCCGCCGCCUCCGCCACGGGUUUGAGCUGUAGCUGGGCAUCGCUGGCACUGAGCUUUGCCCGUGGCAUGAAACUCACAGGUGGUGAAGCCAUGUGCUCAUGCACGGGCGGCAGGCCAGUUCCAGCAGCUCAGAAUUAGCAGUCCAUGCAUCUCAAAAUUCGAUUCUGCUUGACAGCCCUUGUAUGGACUUUGCAGUCCAGAGGUAUGGCA